AUGAUGCCACAACUGAGCCCGAUUCCAACUCUUCCCAAACCCUUUGGACCACACAAAGUCGGCACUACAGAAUGGGAGAUUCCUGUCUCUGAGAUCCCCUCGCCGUCGCCAACUCCGGAGCCCAAAAUCACAACCAUCAAGUUUCGCCUUUUUUAUCCCACAACACCCAAGGCAAAGUCGAAGACUUCGGUUCCCUGGCUUCCAACACCACAACGGGAAUGGAACCAGGCAUAUGCAUCUUUCCUGGGCGCGAGUCCUCGUGUCUCGUCGCUGAUUUCACUCAUACCUAUGCUGAUUAAUAUGACCACCAUCCCAGCGGUGGCAGGCGCACCACUACUACCAAGGGACACCUCCUCCAGGUACCCUGUGGUGGUUUUUUCACAUGGGUUAGGAGGGAAUUUCAACGCUUACAGCGCAGUGUGCGCAGCCCUGGCCAGUUUUGGGAUUGUGUGCGUGGCCCCCGAGCAUCGCGAUGGCAGCGCCCCUAUUUCCCCGAUCCGCUCAGCUGAUGGCCGCAAAUCCACCACAAUCCCCUACCAAAAGCACCCUCACGCUCCCACUACCAAAGUCCUCAAUGCUCGCAACGCUCAGCUGAGAAUACGACUGUGGGAGUUGGAGCAGUUAUUCACCGUUUUGACAAGUUUCAAUCAAGGCAAGACCUUCUCCAACUAUGCCACGGUGCUGAAAAAAUCGAAGCCGGGCCCGCCGUUAAAAGACGCUCUGGAUCUGCGGCCGGGCCACGUAACGUGGGCAGGCCACUCCUUUGGCGCCUGCACCACCGUCCAGUUUGUCAAAUCAGUCUAUUAUCACGAAUUUUUGCCCUCGCUCAAAGGUACCGAGUUCGAAAAUGACCUGGACUGGCGGCCUCUCUACAAGCCGGCCGACAACAGCGAGCUGGUCAGGCAAAUCACACCAGACUCACCCGUUAUUUUGCUCGACCUGUGGGCCAUGCCCUUGCGUGCCGGCCUGACGAAAUGGCUUUGGGAAAGGCCUCUGCCAUGUUAUGACCGCCGAUCAGCCGACGGCCAAAGUCACCCUCCCACGAACGUCGUCGCAAUCAUCUCCUCCGAGUUCUACAAAUGGCCUGAGCUGCUGAACAGAAUGAAGGCCGCACUGUCCGCGAGACCCGCCGAGGCCAUGUACACGCUGGAGAAGCGCGAAGCUGCGCGGUCUGUGAAGCCACAGCAAAAGUCGCAACCACAGCUGGUGGCAACGCCUGGGGACAAGCUUCCGCCAGAUGUACGAGAGCCAGAGGUUACCUCACGUCGAGGUUUCGAAGCGAAUCGGAGUGCAGAUCUAGAAUCUGAUGAUGGGGACGAGCUCUUCGUGACACCUUUUGCGACACCCGGAGAAGAGUUUCCACUUGACAAGAUUAUGACAAAUAGACGUAGCGGGUUUGAAGCCUGGAGGGGAGGAGCGCUGGAAGCUCAAGAUGUCGACAUGGACGUGGAGAGAGAAAUUGACGAAGAAUCAAUGAGAGAGGCUGUCAGGCAGCCACUGCCAGAUUCAGAGCCGGAAGACGAUGACGAGGACGUGGCUGGAAGCAUCGAGCUUGGCUCCCAACUAGACGAAGAGGCAGUGGCAGACUCAGAGAUCGCCUCUACAUCUAGAUCAUCCACCUCUAGCAACGUUACUAGUUUCUCAGCCUCGCCCUCAGAGUCGACGUCCUCGCUAUCGACGCCCGCCUCAUCCAUCCAGCUUAGCCGCACUUCUUCCCCGUCGCCAACCUGCGACAGCGUUUCCAGCACAACUUCGACCUCCGACAUCGACGUCAAAGGAACUGCGACCUCUCCUGACGCACAUGGACAACACUCCGACCAGUUCGACCUUUCCUUCUCCCCUUUCUCUCUGCUCCCACUGGAUCUCCCCAAGCUCUCCGUCGCCCCGAACCCCAAUACACCAUCUCCCUCAGACCCUCACCUCUACCUAAUCCCCAACACCGCCCACUUGUCACAGUCCGACUUUGGCGUGCUCUUCCCAAAUCUGACGAGGUAUCUCAUGAACGCUGAGUCUCCGGUGGAGACCAUCAGACUGAACGUCCGAGCCAUGUUGGCCGUCAUGAGGAACGUCGGUCUAGACAUCGAGAGCUACCGCGACGAUUGUGCGCGCGAGAAGAAAAAGGCCCAGACUCCUCCCCGCCGGGACGAAGACGAAGACUAUGAUGAGUUGGAGGAGCUUGAUCCAAUUCUCACGGAACGGUGCAAGGAGGAGAGGUUCUUAAGAGUCGACAUAUAUUGA